ACCUAAGUGACGGACGGUUGCUGCUCAACGAUGUGAAGAAAUCAAUAGACAACGCCCUACCCUUACUCACAAGGCGCCUCUGUCACUUACAUUUAUUUCACAUCAACAAACGAUGGCCGAAGCAAUUGGUCUCGCGACGAGCGUUAUCGCCGUUGCCGAAGUCAUGGGCAAGGCCAUAGGCCUCACUCUCAAAAUCAAAUCGCUCUGGCGCGAGGUCAAGAACGUCCCAACAGUUCUUCUCGAAAAGGCCGAAGAGCUCCAAGAUCUCGACGACUAUCUCAAAGAUGCCGAAGCUCAGACUGCGGGCAGUCCGAUAUCCAAAUCGAUAAUCAACGAUGAGAUUAUGCAGAAGUCGCUCCGGCGAGCCCGCGCCGCAUUGGCAGACAUACAGAACACAAUCGAUGGCCUCGGCCUUCAGAUGUCUGAUCCGCGGAAGCACCGACGCAAGUUGACUGCUGCAAUAUUCAUCUUACAGAAAGAUACAAUAGAAGACAUGGAACGAAAACUCGAUCGAGCUUUAGAGCUUUUCAAGGUGGCUCAAGGAAUCUAUUGCACAAACUUGACCAUGCUUUCCACGUCCAUCAUUAUGGACCAGCUCCCCAAAUGUUUGAGUUCUUCAAAAGUCACCAAAAGUUCGUCUCAUAAAGUCAAAGUGACAGAGUUUGUUGAACAACACAAGCCAUUUGUGGCUAAUAUAGCUGGCAAAGACAAUCUUGGCAUAUCUCAAGGCACGACCGCAAUUGGAAGACUUCGUCUUGGUUUUGGAGACAACAACUUCCAGAUUUCACUCAGAUCACCCAGUUGGCUCGGCAAUAAAGUGUACUCCGCCAUGUGCCACAAGAGCAUGAUCGGGUGGCAAAUCCAUCUUACAGCCUACGUGGUAAUCAAGUCGUUCCGCGGUAUUGAAGACUCUGUGAAGUCCGAUAAUCCGCAGGCUCUCAUGAAACAUCUGCGAUCAACAUCACUUACACCCUUGGUUGAAGACGCGAAUGGGCAAAACUUGUUAUAUCUUUGCGCCGAAAACCGUUGGCUUAAUAUUGCGAAAUGGCUUCUUAGCUUUGGGCUGUUUGCUGGUUCUUACAGCAGUGAAGAGAAUAAUUGUUUAGAGGACUCGAGAUCAAGAACCCUCAUCUUUGAGGCUGACAAUAAGUUGUGGCAUCCUCCAAACUCACAUAUCCCACCCGACUUUAUUAUACUUUUCGCUUUACAAGCGCCGGAUGGAGACACUGGUGUAUCAGUUGAGUCGAUGGGGUUCAUUGCAGGCCUUACAGACUUCGACAAUUUUACCAGGCUGCUUCAAUCCAAGUCUCCAGCGUCCAACCCAAAAUGGUAUUACCUUGCGUCUAGACUUCGCUUUGCGUAUAGCGGAAUUCGUGGCUCCGUCUGGACAUUGAGUCAACUUACUGCUGUCCUUCCGGAGCUCAAAAGCCUCACAAGAGAGCUCGUGGUGUCCUGGCGGCUCGCAGGGAGGAAAUAUCUCAUACCAAGCCUCGUUGCGUCAGGGAUCGGGGCACGGGCUUCUCGAGCACCGCGUGGUGAUCCUGCCUAUUCACAUUCUGUUAACGAAUAUGCGCGCCUAGCCGGCCAGAUCAUCGCACUGGAUCCCGAAAGCCUCACACAAGCUGCCACCACGCGCCACAGAGCAUCGAGUGCGCUACACAUGCUGAUGAGAACGCUGCUUAGCAAUUUUCAGCCCUGCUCGACAGAUCAGGCAGACUAUAUUAUACAAUCAACUUUACAAGUCUGGGUGAAGAUGCUGCAUGGCAACAAAGUGAAUCUGCUACAUCAUGGCCGUCAGUCGCGAACGACCUACACCGUCCCAAGGCGUCAUGUGCCCCCUGGAUGGUCGUUUCGGUUGCUUCAGAAUACCAACGAGCCGCGUAAGCGCAAUAAGAAACGUGAUCGAGAGUAUCGAAUUGAAUAUAUUGGCAUCACUUACGGUUCUUUGCCUGAACAUUGGAAAGUAUGGUGGGGGGUUGACUUUGAGGGUUAUGCGGGUGAGUUUUGGAGAAUGCUCGAAGAUUCUGGGAUUAAGAUUCCAGGAAGCUGGGUGGAUGACGCAGUUUUUGACGAUGGAUCGGCCAAACUUGUGCCAUCAUGGGUGCAUGAGGGAACUGGCUCGUUGAUUUGGUCUGAACAUCGCAAGAUUAGGCCACCUUUAUAGGGGCACAUCGUUCUUGGAAGCGACCUCCGUCAACAUACUUCUGUUUGUCAAAGCAUUCGCCCAAGCAUAGAGCAAACUUCCGCACCAAAAGGAUGAAAAGCUUUACCAAAGACUUCGACCUUCCAAAAACGCAGCACCGAUAUUCUAGAGCAUGCAAGAUGAUCAACACCGCUGGGUGCUGUAGAUAUGGCAUCUAAUCAGUUGUACAUGUCAACAUCGUCCCCCCUUCUUUCCAGGCCCUCCCAUUAAACUCUAUUCAUUGUACUGGGCGCUCUACACAUCAAUCGAAAAAUAAGUAGAGAGCCAAAGAACUCCAAGACAAUAUAGGAGCACUGAAGAGGCAGUUUAUAGAGGAGGUAAAAGAGACUACUGUUGGC